CAUAUCAAUAUAUUUACAAAAAGUUUUUCAAAAGUUUGUUAAAUUUAAAGUGUUUUUGAUUAACUGGAAGAUUUAUAUACUCUGCAUGCACAAAUAUUUUUGCAACAAAUGUUUAUAUUAGUGAUGAGGGGAGGGUCGCCAUCUCUUCCACAUAAAUGAAACGAUUAAAGUAUUCAUGUGAUGCUUCAAGUGAUGACAAUUUGAUGCUUUUGGAUGUCUCACGUAUGACAAAUGAACGAUUGGAUGAGAUUUGCAAGAAAUAUAAUUUAUUAAAAGCCAAAGCAAUAAAUCCGGUUUUGUAUUUAUGUAAUGAAGGAUUUGAAAAGAUUGAAUGUCUAGAAGAAUAUGUUCAAUUGAAAUAUUUGUGGUUACAUCGCAAUGCCAUAACACAAAUUGGUGGUCUUGAAAAUCAAACCAAUUUAAGUCACCUAUAUUUACAGUUUAAUCUUAUAAGCCGUAUUGAAAAUCUAAAUGGUCUUAAAAAUCUGCAUACUCUGAAUCUGUCUUCCAAUCGAAUCGAGAAAAUUGAGAAUAUUGGGUCAGAUAUUUUGCCUGUUUUAACAAAAUUAGAUUUGUCAUACAAUUAUCUUUGGAAUGCUGAUUCAGUUAGGGAACUGGAAACCUGCUUGCAACUAACAGAUUUAAAUCUGAACAACAACCGUAUAGCUCAUCUGCCAGUUAUAAAGGUUUUGGGGAAAAUUCCAAAGUUACGCACUCUGAAUUUUAAUAAAAAUUCUAUUGCUUCCAUAUUAUCUCAAUACCGUACUACAAUUAUAUUGGAAUGCAACAAUCUUACGUAUUUGGACAUGUAUCCGGUCUACCUACUUGAACGUGAAAAUGCUCGGAAAUGGCUUGCUGUAGAUUCUCAAAUAUCUACAUUACGAAAGAAUUGUUUUUUGAAGCGGUAUUUCCAUUUCAAAAACGAGUGCUUUGACUGUGAUCCUGUAAUUUUGGACACUUCACAUAACUCCUUCAGCAAUGACGAAACAUCUUCAGAUGAAUCUGAAGUAAUAUCAGAUGCAGAUAUUAGUGCGCAAUUUCAAGUAGAUCAGUGUGAAAAUCUUAACGAAUUGAGUAUAGUUCCACUUGACUUUGCUGAAAAAGAGGAACCCUAUUUGAGUUUUUCAGAUGAUGAAAAUACUUGUAGUCAUACUAGUAUUUCUGAAAACUCACAAAAGGAGUGGGUGCUUAAAGCUCCGUGUUGGGAAAGAGUAUACCACAAUAUUAAAAGACGUGCAAAUAAUGAAUGUAAUGAAAAUAAAAUGGGCUGUGUGAAAAAUAAUGAUAAAGAAUUAUCCGAUUUAAAGGAAAUCCAUGAAAUUACGAAUAGUGAAAUUGAAAGUUUGCAGCAAAAUAAAGUAGUUCUUGAAAAUGAUCUAGAAUAUGUUAACUCUACAGAUAACUCUAUUGGUACAGUACUUACUUUGAUUGAUUAUAAUGAUGAAGAAAGUAAAUUGUUGAGUGAAAUACAUACUUUAGAAACUGACAAAGAUUGUUUAAAGAAAAUCAAUGACGUACAAAGGAACUUUUUUAAAGACAAUGAUAAACGAAGAGAACUAUCUCAAGAAAUAAAUAAAUAUUAUAUGAAAAUAUUUUGUGAAAAUUUAUUUAAUAAUAUUGGAUCUCAAAUAAGUACAAAUGAUACGGUAUUACAAGAGGAUUCUUGUCAAACGACUCCAGCUAAUUCAAUAAAUGAAAUGAAUUCAAAGACCUCAGAUAAACCAAUAAGCAAUUUGCAUGUUUUUGCAGAAAAUAUUGCCAAAGAGAUGUACAUAAAGUACAAAAAUUCCAAUAUAGGCAUUCGGAGUUCAGGUUCAAAUGAUGUAUCGGGAAAUAUAAAUGGUGUUGAUUACUUAACCAUUGAUUAUGAAAGUUGCCACGAAAGUGAUGUAAAACGUGAAAUUUAUCCACAAUUGAAAACAAUAGAAGAAAGUGACGAAGAAGAAGUUCCACAUGGCUCUAAAUGCGAAAAUCUAGAUGAAACUGUGUAUAGUGUGGUUAAUUCAUUUAAAAAUUUUUUGGAAUUGUUGGACAGAAAAAAAAGUGAAGAAACUGCACGAAAGGCUGAAGUUGAACGCUUAAUGCUCAAAUAUUCCAAAUACUUGGAACCGCAAAACACAGACUCGAAAAUAACGUAUUAUCGCGACUACGGCCCAAAAAGAAAUGCCAAUGUAGCGGGUACAAUACAAAAUGUGGAAGAUAUUUCUUUAUCGAAAGAGAACGACACAACCAUAUCAAAAGCCAUUGUUACGGCAGGUGGUACUUUGGUAGAAUAUAUCAACCCUAUUUCAAUUAAAACUGUUCAAAAUGUCAACGAAAGGAAUGAAUGCAGUGAUUUAUUUGAAUAUCAUUCGACUAUGCAUGAUAAUAAAAUGUUCUUUGAUGAUUUUUCCAGAUCAAUAAAUCGUUUUAGCAAGGAUGAUGGUUACAAUGAUGAUGAAAUUACUUUCAAUGUUGAUGAAUCAAAUUUACCAAAUGAUAUAGUGCUGGCAGAUAUAGAAUUUUUAGAAAAACUUGACUUUGAGAAAAUUAAGUUGGAUGAUUCUGAUGAAAAUUGUCCACUUGUUGAAUGUGCUCAGAGUUAUGAAGAGUUGAAAAAAUUUGUUGAUUGUAAUGACUUGAAUAGUGCCUUGACUGAUGACGAAAUAGUUAUACUUAACGAAAUAUUGGAAAUUUCAAUGGCUAAUAAAAACUCAAUGAAGAUUAAUUCUGAAAAACAUUUAGAGGAAAAUAUAUUGUUGCAAAAAUUGUUUGAACGUGUAUUAUAUAGCAAAGAGAAUUAUGAACAUGACUUAAAUAAUGAUCAAUUGAAAUUAAUGUAUAAAUGUGCACAUCUUUUUGCUACAACUGAACAAAAUCCUGCGACUUCUCAAAAUAAAAUGACUGAUUUUACAAAUUCAAAUACAUCUGAGACUAAGGGAAUGUUGCGUAAAUUAACGACUCCGAAAAAACAUUUUAAAGGCAAAGUUGCUAAUUAUAAUGUUAGAACUGCUACUAAGCAAAAGGUCAGAGGCAAACGAAUCAAGAAUUUGGCAAAUUCUAAGAAUAAAUUAAAAAAUGAUAAAAAAGAAAAGAAUAGUAAAAAGUCUGAAGGUAUGGCAUGUGCUAAUGAACCAGAUCAAAAAGUACUAGACUCGCCAUGCAGUGAAUUGCAAUAUCCAAAUGUUUGCAUGGAUCAAUCAAAAACUAUUCCACAAGAUGUAAAAGCAGUGAAUCGUAAUUCGAAGAGGUUAAUAGAAUUACUAGACGAAUUUUCGAAAGGUGUAAGAAAUAAAGAAAACACAGCUGAUAUGAUUUUUUUUAGCAUGCAAAAUGAAAGUCCAAUUAGCUCACAAUGUGGCGAAGAAAAGAAAAGUACGUCUAUGAGAAAGGAUGAUGUUGUUAUCAAGAAAAAGCAGAGAAAGCACAAAUUUAGUGCACGUAUCUAUAAAUCCCGCUUAAGUGUUGACUCAAAAUUUUCUAUUUACUCCAAAGAUUUGCUAAAUCCAAAUGGCUAUAAAUUCAACAAAUCGGUGAAGAAAGCUGUAUUUGAUGAGGAAGAAAUACAGCUUCUGGAGUUUGAAUAAUUAUUGUUAAAUUUCGGUUAAAGAAGCACGCAAUAAAUGCGUAUAUAUUUAUUAGCUUUAACUGUAAGGAGGUUUUUUA